CGCUGGAGGCGGGGCUGGAGGCGGGCCGAGGCGGUGAGGCGGGGCUCGCACCAGUGCCCGGAGCUCCGCUGCAGCUUCAGCCGCAGGUCUCGUGGCGGGCGCGCGGCUCGGUCGCUUCCUUAGGUCCCAUGGCAGCCCUCAGCACCCCCGCUGAAUGCGGCUACAUCCGGACGGUCCUGGGUCAGCAGAUCCUGGGGCAGCUGGACAGCUCCAGCCUGGCUCUGCCCUCCGAGGCCAAGCUGAAGCUGACGGGGAGCAGCGGCCGCACCGGCCAGGCGGCGAAGAGCAUGCGGAUCCAGGAACAGGUGCAGCAGACCCUGGCCCGGAAGGGCCGCAGCUUCGUGGGCAAUGGAAGCCUUCACCGAACCAGCAGUGUUCCUGAGUAUGUCUACAACCUACACCUGGUUGAAAAUGACUUUGCUGUUGGGUGUUCCCCUGUUACCAAAACCUAUGACGUGCUAAAGUCAGGCGUAACCUCAGCUUAUGAAGGUCACUGGGGGAGAGGAACUACGCGGUACAACUCACAGAGGUCGGUGGAAGAAAGAUUCUUGAGGCAGCCUCUGAGGAGACUGGAGAUUUCUCCAGACAGCAGCCCUGAGAGGGGUCAUUACUCCCUCAGCAACCAGCAGUACAGCCAGAGAAGCCAUGCUGGCCACACGCUGCGGCAUGAAGACAGCAGGAGAUCAACCCUCCUUAUGCCCCCGAGAUAUGCACGCUCAGAAAUUGUGGGUUUCACCUCCCGGCCGGUGAGCAGGCAGCGCUACUAUGACACUUACCACAGACAGUUCCAGUAUGGGUCUGUUAACGACAGCGUUUUUGACGGUGUCCCUCCCAACCCAGUGGUGCUCACAUACCCCAGGUCUGGGACCAGUCACAGCCUGAGCAACCUCUUGGAGAAGGAGAACUACAUGACUUCAGGGCUCGCCCCUGGGCAGGGCAGGCCACUGGUGCCUCUGCAGCCCAUCACUCAGAACAGGAGCGCUCGGUCCUCCUGGCAUCAGAGCUCCUUCCACAGCACCCGCACGGUGCGGGAAGCUGGGCCCAGUGUCACUGUAGAUGCAGGCGGGAGGAGGACGCACAUGACCGUUGGCCAGGUGGCAGCCGGAGGAGGUGGAACCAUGCACAGCGAGAGAGCCACUUACAGCGACUCCCAACUCAGGAAUGCAGACAUGGAGAUGACUCUGGAGCGGGCAGUGAGCAUGCUUGACGCAGACCACACACCACCUGCCAGGAUCUCUGUGGCAGCCACCUUCAUACAGCACGAGUGCUUCCAGAAAUCUGAGGCACGGAAAAGGGUCAAUCAGCUUCAUGGCAUCCCGAAGCUUCUGCAGCUCCUAAAAGUUCAGAAUGAAGAUGUUCAGAGAGCCGUGUGUGGGGCCCUGAGGAACUUGGUGUUUGAAGACAAUGACAACAAAGUGGAGGUAGCUGAGCUCAACGGGGUACCUCGGCUGCUGCAGGUGCUGAAGCAAACCAGAGACCUGGAGACUAAAAAACAAAUAACAGGUUUGCUGUGGAACUUGUCCUCCAGUGACAAACUCAAGAAUCUCAUGAUAACAGAAGCCUUGCUUAUCCUGACCGAAAACAUCAUCAUCCCCUAUUCGGGGUGGCCAGAGGGAGACUACCCCAAAGCAAACGGUGUGCUGGAUUUUGACAUAUUCUACAAUGUCACGGGAUGCCUAAGAAAUAUGAGUUCAGCUGGCCCCGACGGGAGGAAGGUAAUGAGAAGCUGUGAUGGACUCAUUGACUCACUGGUCCAUUAUGUCCGAGGAACCAUUGCAGAUUACCAGCCAGAUGACAAGGCCACAGAAAACUGUGUGUGUAUUCUCCAUAACCUCUCUUACCAGCUGGAGGCAGAGCUCCCAGAGAAAUAUUCGCAGACUGUCUAUAUUCAAAACCGGAAUAUCCAGACUGACAACAACAAAAGUAUUGGGUGUUUUGGCAAUCGAAGCAGGAAAGUUAAAGAGUACCAGGACAUGCCUCUGCCCGAGGAGAAGAGCAACCCCAGGGGCGUGGAGUGGCUGUGGCACUCCAUCGUGGUACGGAUGUACCUCUCCUUGAUCGCCAAGAGCGUCCGCAGCUACACCCAGGAGGCAUCUCUGGGAGCUCUCCAGAAUCUCACGGCCGGAAAUGGACCGAUGCCGAUGUCUGUAGCCCAGGCAGUGGUACAGAAGGAAAACGGCCUUCAGCACGCCCGGAAGAUGCUGCAUGUAGGUGAUGCAAGUGUGAAAAAGACUGCAGUCUCCCUGCUGAGGAAUUUGUCUCGGAAUCUUUCUCUGCGCAAUGAAAUUGCCAAAGAAACUCUACCUGAUUUGGUUUCCAUAAUUCCCGACACAGUUCCAACUACUGAUGUUCUCAUUGAAACUACAGCCUCUGCCUGUUACACAUUGAACAACAUAAUCCAGACGAAUUACCAGAAUGCCCGGGAUCUUCUGAACACCGGGGGCCUACACAAAAUUAUGGCCAUCAGCGCAGACGAUAGCUAUGGCUCCAACAAAGCAAGUAAAGCGGCUUCUGUUCUCUUAUAUUCUCUGUGGACGCACACGGAGCUCCAUAAUGCCUACAAGAAGGCUCAGUUUAAGAAGACAGAUUUCGUCAACAGCCGGACUUCCAAAGCCUACCACUCUGUUAAAGACUGAGGCAAGUGAGGCAGUGCUCUCAGAAAUACCAACCUCGCCAUUCUCAGCCACAAAAAAACCCCAAAGGAAAACACCUAUUUUUCUACUUCCCAGUUCAAGAAACCUCAAGAACAGUAUGUCCUGUUUUUAUCCUUUUCUAUUUCCAUGGUCCCCCGAAUCCAGACAACAAAUAAUCAGAAUAUGAUUUCUUGGGGCUUCCAGAAGAUUUUCACAAGUUUGCCACCAGAAGAUCCUGGCAGCAGGCUGUCUACUGCCCACACACAGUGGUCUUUGUGAUCCGGGCUCGCAGUGCACGGCCUCCUGGAACUGAAAUGGGACUUCCUGUGGAAUGGACAUUAAUGGACUAAAUAAGGAAAGAAGCUAUUAUAAUAUUACAGUUUUUUAAAAGUUUAAUAUACAUUUGUAUUUUCUGGUUCCCAUGUUUUGUCCCUCGUAUGCACAUUGCAUCACCGCUGAGGUGUGAGCAUAUGGUUCUGCAGUGUUGAAACAGAAUGGAAAUGAGACAUAUUCCCUAAGUUACCCAGGAGCAAAUUUAAUGACAAAACUGUUUGUUUGGUUUUUUACUUUGUGCUUGUUUUUAUCCUCUUGAAAUUUUUCUCUAAUUUUAAAUGAACUUACGUUUAGAUCACAGAACAUGCCUGAGUGUAAGAAAAAGAAUUGAAAGAUAGCGAUAGUAGCAGAUUUAAAAUCUUUCCACAAAGAAGGCAACAAUGGCUAUGAAAUGUAAUGUUUCCCCUAACUACUGAGUUAAUGAGGUUUUUGCCCAAGGAAAUACUUUACCUAUACUAACAGCAUUAAAUGCAAAUCUCUUCUGAACAGUGGCAUUCAGUGUCAUCUGAUUCCUGGGUCUUUUCAGCCACGCACUGGGCUGCUGAAAGAAUGGACUCUAUAUUUAGCUACCGAUGGAACCAGGGCCUCUCACACAGCUGGGCCAGCCCAGGGCUCCCAAAGCACCAUGCGUUUUAGUGGGUUACGUUAUCAACCAGCCCAACUUUGCCUCGCAUUUAAAAAAUAGCACAGAAGUAUCAUGCGACCUUCGUCCAGCUGUUAUUUUAAGCCCAGGAAACUCAGCAGAAGAAACACGAAGAAGUUGCUUUGAGAAGAAAUGUGUCUUGGCCACCCAGAAGAGAUAGGAGACGUACUAAUGUUACUCCUCUCAACUACAGUUCUGUUAUACUUUGCUUCUUAAAAAAAAAAUUGACAGUGUUUGUUAAAAGAAAAUACAAUAAGAAGGAAAAAAUUCUUCAUUGUGGCAGAAAAGUGUAGUAGAGAAUAAACUUCCAUUUUCAAUUUGAAUGUAAGUCUUUAUUAUACAUUUAGAACUUGAAUUUUUUUUUCAAUUUUAGCUGCUCAAUGAAGAAGACUGAAGUCACUAACCUAGUUUAAAUUGAACUUAUUUAGAUACCAAUUUUUAAAAUACUAAAGAGAGAAAUUCUCCUUUUCCAGAAUUUUGACAAGAAGCAUUUGGAAUAUCUUUCUUCCUCCAGAUAAUUGAUAUAUGUUUAAGAAGUUUCUGUAUUUUUCAAGGCACUAGUGGAGGCGUCAAUAAAGUUCAAUAUAAAAUGAGGCAAAAAUAAUGCCUGCAUUGGUGUCUGUAUCUAAUUUGUGUAUCUUCGUGUAUAUGGUUUGAUUGACAUGACAUUUGAGGAUUUGACCUUAGAAACUGUAACUUUAAUUGCUGAGAGUUUAAUACUUGCUGUUUAUAUUUCUCCCCUAAUUAAAGUCCUAAAUUCUUUACCUAGAAACACUUCCUAUAAGAAAGAUGGAAAUAGCUAGUGACUAAAACGUGUAGUAGUGGAAGAACAUACAAAUGAGUUAGCUAUUGUUAGAUUUUAGUAAAUGGAGUGAGUCUGUGACCACAGAAGACAGACCGUGUUUGAUCCCAAUGUUUUGUUUUGUUGCCCUGUUUACAAAAACCUCACCACUUUCCUGUGUUUGAACAUUUCUGAGGGAGGUCCUUGUGUGACUGAUGGUCAGUUUUGGUCACAGGACACACACAAAGUUCUCCUGUUUCCCAUGUGACCCAGACCAUGCCCACAUCAUCCAAGGAAUUGACAGCGGAGCUGGGCCUUUGCAUAUAUACCUGUGCUAAGAGUUCCACAGGGCUGCUGCCUUAUCAGGAAUCCUUAGUGUUCUUCUGGAAUACCUGAUAUUGCUGCCCUGGAUUUCUGUAACUGGAAACAUCUGUUUAUACCUGAUGGAAACAACUAAAGGAUUAGCUGACAAAAUAGAGAGGGAAUUAAUUAACAUGUCAAAUUGGAAAAUCAACAGCUCGAGUAGAUAAGCCACUUUAAAGCCAAUGCAAUCACACUCUGAAGAUGCAAUCCCUGAGAAGAAAAGGGAAAUGGGAAAUAUAUGUUUAUUUUAUGUGCACUACAGUUACAAAUGAAAUUUCCUUUAAAUAACAUAUGUAAUGAACUUACUGCAUUGGAAUGAGGAGGACUUCAGUAUAUGUUUACUUUGAGCAAAAUUGCAGAAGCCUCAAGUCACAGAAUCUGAGGAUUAAGAAGGAAUUUAGAGGUCAUCUGGUUAAAUCCGCCUUAGAGUAUCUUCUUGCAUCAGAGGACUCAGUUCUUAUUAAAGUGACAGAGAAGAAAAAUAUGCAAUCAUUCAUUCAACUAAUGCCCAACACGACCCUGGAACUGGCCCAUCUUAAGACUCAGUAACUGUUGCAUUAACACGUUCAUUCUGGGAAGGAAAAUAUAAAAAAGGAAGCAAACUUUUAAAAAUAAAAUUCUGUUUUAGGUUUAACAUUUUAGUUUAUACUGAUGCUGACCAUUUCAUCUCUUAUGAAAUUCAUCUUUUUAAAGACCAUAAGAUGACAUGCUCUCUCUUUUUAUGAUUUAUUAAAGCUCUCAAAAUGCCCCUCAUUGGCCCUCAAAGAGCUGUUGAAAAUAUGAGCAGAAGGGAAGGCAUCCUGAAAGCCCUAGUUUGGGAGACACAGUUAGAGAAUCAAGCGAUGUUGAGCCUGAAGAAUGGUGCCGUGUUACCUGCCUUUAAAGGCUGACAGAGUAGAGGGCAGACCAGGGUCAACAGGCAGAGACCUGUGGGACUAGCUCAACAAGAGUGGACAUAAUGGGCAUGGCUGACAGCAUCUUCAUGAAGUACGUGUAUAUAUUUUUUAUAUUUUACAUGUGAAAUAACCUAACAGGUGAAGGUUAAGUCACAUUCCAAAGUCUCAUAGCUGGAAAGCAGAGGGGCUAUAUGAAGAGGGGCGGGGGGUGACAAGGUUCUGUGGGAACCAGGAAUGACAGCCUUGUGUCUCCAUACUGAGGAAAUGUGGGAUCUCUUUGGCUUGUCUCCCUCUGGAGAGUUCAGAGGGCAGUCUGAAAAUGUUGAAGAGGACCGAUUCUACAACCAGCCACCCCAGCUCAAAUUGUGACUUCUCCACUUACUGGCUGGGGUAAGUUUCCCACCCUCUCUGAGCCACAGCUGUCUUUAUCUGUUACAUGUAAAUGAAAGCUGUUACUUCAUUGGGUUGUUUGGAGGAUUAGCUGUUUUUAUAAUUAUAAAGCACUUAAAACAGUA